CGGCUGGGACCGAUGGGCCCUGGAGUCCCUCCUGACGGCCUUCCUCCUCCUCCUCCUCCUCCUCCUGGCAGCCCAUUUCCUGGUCCAGAGGAAGGGCGAGUGCCUCUUCCUCAACGGGACGCAGCGGGUGCGGUACCUGGAUCGGUACUUCUACGACCGGCAGGAGUUUGUCCGCUUCGACAGCGACCUCGGGAGAUACAUGGCCGUCAUGGCGUUUGGGAAGGCGGAUGCGGACAAGUGGAACGGAGAUAAGCAGCUCCUGCAGGAACAGAAGGCAGAAGUGGAUUUCUUCUGCCGACACAACUACCAGGGGUUGAGCUACGAGGCGGCCAAGAGGGAGGAGCGCGUGGUUGGCCGGAGAGGUGA